AUGAAACCACCAUUUAUCCUAGCUUCCAACUCUCCCCCACAUUUCACUUUCUGGCAUCCACCACCGGAUCCAGAGAAACCAGCCUGUCCGUACCAAGCGGGCUUUACCGUGGAAAUUAAGCGGCACACUCCCCCUCCACCCUUUGGUGACCCCCAUUACGGCCCGGGACCAUGGCCAGAACGAAACGACGUGGACCUGGAGGCAGUUACUCAGACCGAGCUUGUUCUGGCACACCCCCCCUUCGAACACCUAAACACCGUAUCAUCCUCAUCCUCGUCUCCCGCAGCCAGAACCACGGCCACGGCCACGCUUACCAUCCUCAAGCCUCUCGCCGUAGACGACGGGCGGGGUGCCCAGCUGGUCGUUUGCUCCGUCACCCCAAGCCCUUGCCCUUGCCCGCAAGAGUCUAAUAAUGACGGGCACGGGGAGUUUGUCGCAAAGAUCUUUGAUCCACUCUACUACUCCUUCGAGUGCCCACAUGCGAUGAGCGAGGCCGACGAUACCCCUUGGCUAGCUGACGUUGACUACUCGCACGAGGCCGCAGCACUCGAUCAUCUCGAGGGGGUAAUGCGCCAGGGUGACGGCCGUACAGGAUUGGGCUUGGCUGCCCCGAGGUACUAUGGUUCUUGGACUUUCACCUUGCCCAUCACGCACGCGGGAAAGGAGGUACAGCGAUCUGUCCGCCUAGUUCUGAUGGAGCACAUCAACGGCCACUGUAUCCGGUCUGUUUCCCUUGACCCGGACCUACUCUCACGGUAUACCGAAGCAGAUCGUCUUGACAUCCUGGCUGCGGUACUAGAUGGCAGUGUCAGACAGCGGCACGCAGGCGUUGAUCAACGCGAUUUGGCCGCACGCAACGUCAUUCUACGGUCUGCGCCCAUUUCUUCACCUUCAGGAUCCAACAAACAGCAGUCCCUGCCACAGCCUGUUAUCGUUGAUUACAACAGAGCCGUGGUAUUCGAGCUUUCUCGUCUUGGCAAGCGUCCCUGCCAGUUCGCAGAGCUCCCGCAAAAUCCUAUAUGCAUCUACUGGGGCAUGAUCCUGGACUUUGGCGGCUGGAUACCGCUCGAGUGGCAAGAAAGUCAUGAACUUUAUCAGGAAUGGUUGAAAGAACGGUUUGGGGGAGAGGCUGCUGGACAAUAUGCACCUGUUGACCAGCAGCAGCAGCAGCAGCGGCCGACUGCGGGGGCGAUGACCAAUGGUGGAAACGGUGCCGGUGCGCAACCGCAGCGGAACAAGGGCGCACUCAAGGACGUCGCACCGCCGCCGACACUGCCGCCGGACUUUAAGGUGUACUGGCCGAUUCCGCUGCCCUGGGAAGAUCCAGCGCAGCCGGAGAAGCGGUGA